AUGUCUGCAACUUCGCCGCCUCCUCAGGAGCAACUACAAGCCAACACCUCGGCUCAACUCGACCCCACGACACAGUCCACGUCCACCGCGCAAGAGGCAUCCCACCGCCUCGCCGAAGCGAUUGAUGAUUUCUUGGGCGACCUGGACAAGAAAUUCAGUAACAUAAGCAAUGAGAUACUGACGCGACUGGACGAUAUGGCCGAGCGUUGCGACCGACUGGAGCAGGAGAUCCUCUUGAGGGAUAGUGGUGCUGUGAAGGGCCUGGGCAUUGGUGAGAGUGCGAAGGACGGCGAUACUACAGGCUAG